UAUCCUUAGAGCAUAAACUAAGCUUCCGCUGUUCUCACUAAAGCCAAAAAUGUCAACCACCAUCGAUAUCCCAGAAUCAAGUAAAGUUGUGGUUGCGGCACCACUAAGGCCAGGAGGAUGGAAAAAAGGGUUAGCCAUAAUGGAUUUCAUUCUAAGGUUAGGUGCCAUAGCAGCUGCUCUUGGUGCUGCUGCCACUAUGGGAACAAGUGAUCAGACACUCCCUUUCUUCACUCAGUUCUUUCAGUUUGAGGCUAGUUAUGAUAGCUUCACUACUUUCCAGUUUUUUGUUAUUACUAUGGCUUUAGUGGGUGGCUACCUCGUGCUAUCUCUUCCUUUCUCCGUUGUUGCAAUUAUUCGUCCCCAUGCUGUUGGACCAAGGCUUUUCCUCAUUAUCUUGGACACUGUGUUUCUCACUCUAGCCACUGCCAGUGCUGCUUCAGCUGCUGCCGUAGUUUACUUAGCACACAACGGUGAUCAGGACACGAACUGGUUAGCCAUAUGCAACCAAUUUGGAGACUUUUGUGCGCAGACCAGUGCAGCUGUGGUGUCAUCGUUCGUUGCCGUUGUUGUCUUAGUAUUGGUUAUUGUGAUGUCUGCUUUAGCAAUUGGCAAGCCUUGAAAAUUAAAGUAUUGGGGCUUUUAAGUUAAAUGAACUAUUGCAGUUAUAUAUAAAUAUUUUGCAUGUUCUAUUUGUUUCCGAAGUAUGAUGUACUAAUUAUAAUUAAUACCUCGGCUUGUUUUAAUUUCCUUCAAGUAUGAUGUGAUAAUUCAUUACUUGUAUACAUCUGGUCAUUCUAAUAUUAUAUGCACAGUUUCAAUUUCA